ACAUGUACCAACGAGUGAUAACCCGGCGGAUCGUGCAAGCAGAGCUGGUGACUUAAGUGAUGCAGAGCUGUGGUGGCGGGGAUCAAAUUGGCUAAAGGACCCUGAACGUUGGCCAGAUGAUAUUGUGCCUCAACCCACUGUUGAAAGUAAUGCUGAAGCGAAACUAGUGAAAAGUGUUCUUGCUGUUGCGGUGAAUGAUGGUAAUGAAGCUGAUGAAGUCUUAAAGAAGUUUCCCUUGCAGAAAGCUCUUCGUGUGUGUGCUUGGAUGCGAAGAUUUGCAAACAAUGCUCUUCAUAAAAGAGGACGAUCCCGCGUCAUAGGAUCGUUGACCACUAGUGAACUUGCCCGCCAGCGUCAGUUCUACAUUAAGAGAGCUCAGGAAAAUUGUGACCUUGAGAUCGAUCGA